UCCGGAUUAUUAGGUUAGCUCACCACAGAGACCACCCUUAGUGGCGUCGUCAAUGGCAACGGAAAGCUACGCCAAGUGCUCCUGCGACAACAUUUUUUAAAUGUAAAAGUAAAGUGAAUCAAGGAACUAAUCUGCUCGUAAACAUUGUCUGUUACCUACUCUACAUGUUGGACAAGAUUUGUAAAAUAAACAAAGAGAAACAACAGCAUGGAAGGAAGUUCUACAUUACGUGGCUCAAACAAAUCUCAUUCAAAAGCAAUUAGCAACAUCCUCAAUGAUGAUCUGUUAACAUCACCAUCUCAUAUGAGUGUGUUUAGAGAAGAUUACCCUGUCCAUGAAACAUACAGACCAUCUGAAAUUGCCAGACCUCCACCACUAGGGGACAUUAUGCACAAAGAUGAAAAAUAUUUCUGCAACCAUACUUCUGAAACAGUUGCAUCUUUUGAGUAUCGUCCAAUGGCUAAACCUGUGUUAAAAGAUAUUCAGAAUAAACUGCGUGUGACAAACUUCAGAAUGGAAAAGGACCCCACCAAGGUUAAUGUCUUUGAAACUACACAUGAUCAUUAUUACCAACCAAAACGCAGUGUACAGGUGAGAAGUGGAUGUUUCCUUGGACAUGAUCCUAAAAAGCAUCCUAUUUCAAAAGCACCAUCUGUCCACCAAAGUGGACCCUCAACAAUACAAGGUGACAAGCGACUAGGACACUACGAUACUACUCAUGCAGAUCAGUUUCAACAAAAAUGGACUUCAGUUCUUCCUUCCUUUUCAGCACCAACAGGCACUAACAUCCCCUCAGGAGAUAGAGAAAUGAUUGCCUUUGGGGAAACAACUAUGCGUUCUUCCUACACAGACAGUGGAAAUAAGUCUGUUGUUCCCUUUGAUCUGUCUGGUGUAAGCAAGCAACAGCGGAAGACAAACUUCAAACUGCAUGAUGGUCAUGGGAUCUGGGAUGACAACAAGAGUCUGAUGGCAGUUUCCUUCAUAUCAAAAUCUGAUAAAACUUUAGUUGAUCGGGUAAAGCCAAGUCAACACAGAAACCACAGUUCCAUUCCAGAGGGAGACACAGAUCCUGAGCGUAACAAAGACCACAUGGAUAGCACCACAUACCGAUACCAUAUGGGCAAUCCUGCACUUGGCCUUUAUAAUAAAAUUGUGUCUGGAGCAAAUCUGCGAACAAAAAGCAGUGUAUGGUUUGGUGAACCAUCACUAAACAGAAAGUUCUAUGAAACGACAACACAUCACACAUACAUUCCCAAGUCUAUACCUUACACUUAUAAGAGGCAGAACUUUUUGAAGAAGAGCAGCAUCCCUCUUGACCAUUUCAACAGUGAAGCAUAUGAAACAACAAUGGCACUUGACUACAAGAAAUACAAGUCAUCUAGAAUGAUUCUGAAUCCUGAUGCUCUUGACAGGAGAGUCACACGCCUUUCCAUUUUGAAAGAUAGCAUGGACUUAAAGACAACCAAUCAGGAGAUCUUCACACCUAAGACUUCUGAAAAGCUCAAGUAUGAUCGAGGUCGCAUGCAGCAAAGUUCAGUCCCAAUGGGAACUUUUUCUGCAACAGAGCCUGUAAAAACACUAGGCAGCCAGAACUCAGAAGUGUUCUGAAACUGAGAAGAAAAAUACUUUGCAAAUGAUUUCGUAUUUUUAAAUAAAUCUUGACAAAUCAGAAGAACAAAUUUAUAAAAAAAUAUUCAGUUUGCUUGUUUGUAGGAAAAAAAGAUGCUGUACAUAUGGAGAUUAGAUAUCUGUGUUUUACUUCUGAUGUUCUGAAACACAUUUGUAGGUAUUCUGGGCUCUUAACAACAACUUGUUUUUAACUCAAGAAAAAUUAUUUAAGGGAGAAAACCACUGCAUUCCAAAGCAGAUUGUCUAAAUUAAUAUUUCCUGGUGAAAGAAAAAAAAAAAAAAAAAAAAACAACAAAUAAGCUAGAUUAUUUUGUCAAGUUAUCACCCAAGAUAACCAUCAACAUAUCAGCAGUCUAUAGAUUGAUAAUUAAAAUGAUGAUUUGAUAUCAAUUGAAGAGAUAAUGGUAUUUUAUUUUUU